UUGUUGUUACUCAUGAAUAAUAUGCUAUUACAAAAAAAGAUUGCACGGUUAAUAAUACUACUUGUAAAGGUUGUUCAGAAAGAACAUGUGAUAAUGGUCCUAAUACCACAAUAACAUUUUAUCAAAAAUUAUGAUUGUAAUAAAUAUAAAGAAGGUUGCAUUACAAAAUUAAGAGGAGGAUAAAAGUUGUUAAAUGAAUGUAACUGAAUUCAAUUAAUUAGUAUUAGAAGAACUACAUGAACUGGUUAAAUUUGUGGCAGGUUAGGAGUUGCUUGUUCUGACAAAGCUUGUUUUAAUACACCUUUAUCCAUCAGACCAGAAGAUCUAGUGAUAAAUCCUCCUUUAAUUGGUUCAGCACCACAUUCAAAGUCACAAAUUUUGAUUUCCAAUUUCUUAUCUAAAAGAAUGUCUUAGAGACAAUAGAUCUCAUUGACAUUUUAGCCCAAGCAUCGAGAAACCCUUUUAAAUUACUUCUUUUAAGUAUGUUAUUUUAUAAUUAAUAGUGGCAAUCCAAUAUAUUUAGAAAAUUUUUAUAUUAGUUAGCAAGUGUAAAUUUUACGAAUCAAAUCCUUCAUCAGCA